AUGGUUUCCUCACAGAAAGCGACUGCUGCUAUACCGUUGCGGUCGAAGCAAAUUGUCUUCUUCCAUCCAGACCUGGGCAUUGGUGGUGCAGAGAGAUUGAUUGUCGAUGCUGCAGUCGGCCUACAAGAGCAGGGAAACAAGGUCACAAUCUUCACCUCACAUUGCGACCCUAAUCACUGCUUUGAAGAGGCACGAGAUGGCACCCUCGACGUCAGAGUCCGCGGAAACACUCUCUUUCCCCCCUCGUUCCUGAAUCGCUUUCAUAUCCUACUUGCGAUCCUGCGUCAAAUCCAUCUUAUCCUCUCGAUCGCCGUGUGGAGCAAUGAAUUGAGCACACUUCGACCCGACGUCUUUGUGGUCGACCAGCUCUCAGCCUGCAUUCCGUUGUUGAGAUGGCUGUACCCAAAUCGCCAACGGACUCUGUUCUAUUGCCAUUUCCCAGACCAACUACUUGCCGAUCGCCGAGCUUCUGGCCUGCUUGGACUUGCAAAAACAAUCUACAGAUUCCCCUUUGACUGGUUCGAAGGCUGGAGUAUGAGCGCAAGUGACAGGAUUGUCGUCAACUCUGGGUUCACAAAAUCCGUCGCCUCGAGGGUCUGGCCCUCCUUGGCCGGGUCGUUGGGAGUCAUUUAUCCCUGCGUCAAUGAUGGAGAAAAAGAGGCCGCGGCCAAGGUAGCCGAAACGUCAUUGUGGGACGGUCAAUACAAGAUUCUCCUCAGCAUAAAUCGUUUUGAGCGGAAAAAGGAUAUCGGUUUGGCCAUCCGAGCGUACCAUGAACUGCCUCCUGCAGCCCGUCGAGGUACCCGGCUGAUCAUAGCCGGAGGCUACGACCAAAGGGUUAGUGAGAAUGUGGAAUAUCACAGAGAGCUGGUGGACUUGGCCGAAGGGCUAGGUCUAACUACUGCCACUGCCAAAACGGUACCCACAGCUUUAGCCAUUCCGAGCAGCGUACAAGUUUUGUUCUUGCUGUCCGUGCCGGGGUUCUUCAAAGAAACGCUCCUGAAAAACGCUCGACUGCUAUUGUACACCCCUUCAAAUGAGCACUUUGGGAUUGUGCCAGUGGAAGCUAUGCAACAUGGGCUCCCUGUUCUCGCUUCGAAUACCGGUGGACCAUUGGAAACGAUCGUCGAGGACGAGACAGGUUGGUUGCGUGACUCAUCCAACGUGGAAGAAUGGACUGCAAUCAUCAACAAAGUAUUGCAUGAAUGUGGCUCUAGUGAUCUCCAGAGGAUUGGUCGGAAUGGGCGGGAAAGGGUCCAGCAACACUUUACCAGGAGCACAAUGGCAGGGAAAUUCAACGAUGAAAUGACCGAGAUGCUGAACAGCAAGAGGAGCAGAUUUCUAGAGAGGAAAGACAUUGUCCUUGCCAUUUGGAUCACGGCAGCCUUUGUGGCAGCAUUGCUGGCCACGGUGAUUAAGGCCAAAUACGGUCGAGGAGAUAGCAGGGCAAGUGCAUUCGCCCGUGUUGGGAGAAUGAACCCCGAGGUCGACCCUCAGCUAAAGUUCUUUGGUGGCAGAGGACAAUAG